AUGGCGUCUAUCUUUACUUACGAUCCUGACCCUCCAAGGGUCUCUUCUCCGUGGUCCACCUCUGGAUCCUCCACCCCACAGGUAGCUGGGACAGGGGGCCGCACAGUGACUCGGAAUCAUUCUGCUACCAAUCUGGAUCGCCCAGAUCCCAAUGUCUUAUCUGACUAUGGUAUUACGAAGCUAGAGCCGGAGCCGCAAGAAGGGCCAACUGAGUACAAGCUGCAUCUUCUUCUUCGAGCAAGGAGACUCUAUACAGCUAUGUCUACCGGUCAUCUCGUUGGCGGUUCCUAUCAUUCCCGCUUGCCUUUGUCUACCCCGGUUCCAACAUCUUCUAGUUCUGAAACAGCCUCGAAGCAGUUUCAAGUCCGAUCUACCCAGAGCCGUCAGCAACGAUUGCAACAAUUGACCACUCAACUUCUGUGGCGUUUACAGCAAUCUUCGCCUUUCCAUUCGUCUACUGUUGCCAAUCUUGUGCUCCCCGUUCUCCCAGAGGCAGUAUUGGAACCUGGAAUCCUUCAGAAACCGGCUCGCUUACUCCCUGGUCUUGAGGAGAGCCAGGGUGCUCUGUACGAGAUCGGGGUUGCCGACGAUGGCACGUUUGUCGGACUCACUCAUGACGAGCUGGAAGAAAGCCUGUUGAAUUUACAGGUGAUGGCAGGUAGCCUUGGUUGCAAGGUCGAAAUUCUUCGCCAGGUAAUUGUUGGAAACUGCGAAUGGACUGAGGACGCAUGUGCACCAAAUGCCGAAGUUGGCAAGGUCCAUGCAGAAGAUCUUUGGGUCGCCGAGGCUCUUGUGAGUCCGGACUGGGACUAUUACCGAAUUGAAUCGCCAAAGAAUGGCUCCUACGAGGGCAACUCACCGUCACUGGUGGCCAGGCAAGGAGGGCUGGAGGGCGAUCACUCCAAAACGGAGCAAUUACGCAUUUCCAUCACUGGCCCAACUACAGCUGGAAAAUCGUCACUUCUGGGUACACUGACCUCAUCCAUCCUCGACAAUGGAAGAGGUACCAGCAGACUUGGUCUUCUCAAGCAUCGGCACGAAAUUUCUUCCGGUAUCACUAGCUCAGUUGCGCAUGAGCUGAUAGGGUACGCCGCCAAUGAACAGUCCGAGGACACCCUCGAUGUAGUCAAUUAUUCAUCGGGCAAUGUUGCAGCGUGGGAUGAUGUACAUGCAGCCUCAGCACAGGGACGUCUAGCAUUCGUCUCUGACCUCCCGGGGUCGGUUCGUUAUCUGAAGUCUACACUUCGGGGCCUGAUCAGCUGGGCUCCGCACUAUGUAUUGCUGUGUAUUCCGGCCAAUUGUGACGAUGAGGCCACAAAGGAGCCUCAACCCGACCCCGGGGAGCAAACCACCGAUGUCAACUUGGCAUUGUCUCACCUCGACCUCUGCAAUAAGUUAGAGAUCCCUACAAUAGUGGUUAUCACGAAGAUGGACCUUGCAUCUCGCGCGAGCCUGAAACAAAAUCUUACGAAAGUUCUAUCGGCAUUGAAGCUUUCUGGCAAAAAGCCCGCCAUGCUGCCUGUGCAAUCUGGCAGAACUGAGGCAUCACUUGACCUGCAUCACGUCGGAACGAAGGAUAAUAUGGAAAUCAAGAAGCUGAUCGCUACAACAGAAAAUUGGUCUUCUACCGUUCCAAUAAUCCUUACAAGUGCUGUCGAUGGCUCAGGAAUAGGGAGGUUACAUGCUUUGCUGGGAAAUCUCCCAAUCCCCGCAAGACCAUCACUACGAACCAUUUCCCCGUCGAAGGCACUGCCACCGCCGGCACUUCCUACAAAUAUUUUCGAUGUAGACGAGGUAUUUGCCAUUCCUCCAUCGAAAGUCUACUCAAUGUCCGCGGAACAGUCUUCAAAGGAGAACCACGGUGUGGUUCUCUGUGGCUUAGUCCGCUACGGAUCAAUUUCAAUAGGUGACGAGUUGGUCAUCGGACCCCUUCUAGAUAACGCCCUACCGGAACAUGGAGGCAGGGCUCGUUCAGAGCGAUACUCAGACGCCCAGCCUCAGUCUGAACCCUUUCGGAGUAGGCCAUCAUCGGGAGACUUUUCUACUUCGUUUGUCCAAGGAUCAUUUCCGGGAAAGAUACCCUACCCAACUCAAGCGCACUGGCAACGUGUCCGAGUAGUCAGUGUUCGGAACCUCCGAUUGCCCGUCCGGAAGUUAGUCGAAGACCAAGUAGGCACAGUAGGCGUGGAGCCUGUUCCCAAUUCCCAAGACGAGCCGCCUCCUCGGCUUGGUAGGGUUCGGAAAGGAAUCAUCCUGGCCAGCUUUCCAGCACCACCUGCCAACUCCAUUCCCAAGUCACUAUUAUUCCACACGGGCUUUGUCGCUAGCUUUGACUCGAGUCAAUUCGCUUCAUCGCUAUCCCCACCACUGCUACUGGGAGGGAACGCGAUCGUAUACAUUGCCAACAUUCGGUCCACGGUUAAAGUGACUUGUAUGGCACUUGCGGACGAUAAAGUCGUCUCUUCGCCUCCGUCGCCAACAGAACCUGAGUUCUUCAGCUUUGAUAGCGAUGUUAAUGACCGCGAUAAAGGUAGCCAAUCCGAACUAAACUAUAUGAUCAGGUCGUCGGCCAAUUUGGAUGUUGGGGAUGUCAAGAUUACAUGUUGUUUCGUGACGUCGGUUGAAUGGGUCGAAGUUGGGUCUCGCAUACUUCUCAUGCCAGGGGCAUCGACUGCAUUCGUUUCUCCACAUGGCUCAGGCUCACCUUCCGGACUUGAGGGCUUUGUUGGUCGGGUUUGUGACGUGGUUUCCACCGCUGAUUCCAGUAAAUAA